CUUAAUCACAUGAUUAAGGAUGGCGGCACACAGGAACUUAUUUUCUAUAGUGGUUCUUAGUUUAUGUUUGUGUUUUGCCCACUGUAUACUUGUGAGGACUAAAAACUUUCAAAGAAAUAAAGAAGUUUUUAGAUUCUAUAGACCACCAUCUGAAUAUAACUAUAAGACAGAAUAUUUCGCUCAAAAGGUUGAUCACUUUGGUUUUCAUAACAAAGACUCAUACCAGCAAAGAUAUCUCAUAGCAGACCAAUUUUGGGAUCCAAAUGGUGGGCCAAUUUUCUUCUACACCGGAAACGAAGGGGACAUUACCUUAUUCUGUAAUAACACAGGGUUCAUGUGGGAUAUUGCACCAGAAUUUAAAGCUCUGUUAAUAUUUGCUGAACACAGAUAUUAUGGUACAUCAGUUCCUUAUGGACCAACUGCUUUCAAGGAUCCCACAAAAAUGAACUACCUAACAUCUGAACAAGCCCUGGCAGAUUAUGCUGUUCUCAUCAAGCACAUAAAGACAACCACUCCCGGGGCUGGUAGCAGCAAAGUUAUCGCAUUUGGAGGGUCAUAUGGAGGGAUGCUUGCUGCUUGGUUCAGGAUGAAAUAUCCAAAUGUUGUUCAAGGGUCCCUCGCUGCUUCAGCCCCUAUCUGGACUUUCUUAGAGGAUGCUAACUGUGAUGCCUUUGAUUACACUGUCACUGAAACCUUCAGAAAAUCCUCCCCAGACUGUGUAAAUAACAUUAAGGCUCUAUGGAAGACACUCGGCACCACAGCUUCGCAAGCAGCUGGACUCUCAAAACUGUCAGAAAUGUUCCAUCUCUGUAAACCUCUGAAGACAAUGGAUGAUUUGGAUGCCCUCAAAGGCUGGAUACAAUCAGCACUUGUUUAUCUUACUAUGGUAGAUUAUCCAUACCCGUCCAGCUUUUUGGCUCCAUUACCAGCAUGGCCUGUCAAGGCAGCUUGUCGUCCCCUGUCUACUCCGUUGAGUGGUGACAAUUUGAUCAUGGGUGCAGUGAAGGCAAUGAAUGUCUACUUCAAUUAUACUGGUACCACUCCGUGCUUUGACAUAGGAACCGAAGCAACACCUGACCUGGGAAUCAGAGGAUGGGGCUACCAGUCUUGCACAGAAAUGGUGGCUCCCAGUUGUUCCAAUGGGAAAACCGACAUGUUUGAAAAAUCCGACUGGAACUUUAAAUCAUACUCUGAAGGCUGUCUAGAAACAUGGAAAGUAAAACCAGACAUUGACUGGUUGGAAACGCAGUACUGGGGCAAAAACCUAUCAUCUGCCUCCAACAUAAUAUUCAGCAAUGGUCUGUUGGAUCCUUGGUCCUCAGGAGGAGUGCUGAAAACUCAGUCUGACUCAGUUGUUGCAGUAGUGAUACCUAAUGGUGCUCACCAUCUUGAUUUAAGAGGCGCAAAUAAAAAAGAUACACCUGAUGUAAUUUCUGCACGAGAAUUGGAAAAGAAAUACAUAACCAAAUGGUUAAACUGACCACCAAAAAAACUCAAUUGUAUCAAAUGCAUUUAAGAGUUGUCUACCUUAUACAUGUAGUAUAAGCUACUUAAUAUUGUAAAUUUCUAGUCUUUUAAGUUCACCUAUGCUUUUCUUUAUAUAUUAAGCUCAUCUGUCAGAGCCGAAAGCUCAAGUGUGCUUUUUUGAUAACAUUUUGUUUGGCGUAUGUCCAUCUGUAAACUUUUAACAUUUAUGACUUCUUUUCCAGAACUACAGGGGCAAUUUCAACCAAACUUGCCAUACAUGAUCAUUGGGUAAAGGGAAUUUAUAAUUGUUCAAAUGAAGGGUUACACUCUUUUUAAAAGGGAGAUAAUUAAGAAAUAGUAAAAAUAUUGUAGCAUCUUUGUAACCACUGGACCAGAAAAGACAAAACUUAUAUGAAAGCUUUCUUUAUGAAUGUUGUUUGUUGUUGUCGGUUCCUUUUUAUUUCCUUGCAGAAUUACGGGUAUUGUCCACAUUAAUGGGCCCCUUUCCAGGUAUCUGGCUUGCUGCACGCAUGGCAGAUCUCACCUCAGAUCUCCAUUCUUUCUGGCCUGGAGGUUAUAAAACUUUUAUCGUACUCAUACUCAAACUCAGCCAUUUUUGUUUUGGGUAUAACUCUGAGCAAGCUUUGAAACAUACUCGAAAAAUCUUGAGCAUGUACUCCAUUUGAGUGUGAGAAUGAUUUUAUAAAAGUUUUAUAACCUUCGCUUUUGAGUAUGUGUACAAUUUAGAGAACAUAGUUUGAGUCUGAGUAUGAGAAUGUGUUAAAAAAGUUUUAUAACCUCCAGGCCUGGUCUUGAGGGUCGGCAGUAGAGAGCUUCCAUUCUCUACGAUCUUUCUCCGUCAGCUCUCUCCAAGAUAGCAUUGGCCGACCAACUCUAUGUCUCCCAGGAACUUGUAUGUUUAGAUAAUCAAAAUUGUUCAGAUCAUGGCCCUUGGGGGUAGGGUUGGGCCACAUUAGGGGAUCAAAUUUUAACAUUCAAGUUUCAAGUUUGUUCAAAUCAUGGCCUCAAAGGAUGAGAUGGAGCCACAAUAGGGGGACAAUAUUUUAUAUUGGAAUAUAAUUAUAUAGGGAAAGAUCUUUAAAAAUCUUUUUCUCUAGAGCAAAGGGCCAUGAUUUGUCAUAUUGAUGUCCAAGCAUCCACAGAUCGUGCAGAUUCAAGUUUGUUUAAAUCAUGGCCCUGGACUUUAGGAUAGGGCUUCAAUGGGGAAUCAAAGUUUAACAUGGGGAUAAAUGGGGAAAAUCCUUUCAAGUUGGUAGUGGGUCAUCAUGUAUACAGAUUGUGUAUUAUGAAGUACCAAUUCCUUGUCAUUGAAAUGUUGUUUUGCUGAUCACCUGACAUUCAUUACUCUUAAUCAGCCAUUGGACAGGAAAUUUUUCCAUCUGAAUCCUCUCCCACCUAUGAAAAAGGAACUUAAGAUAUAUCUGCUAUUCAGAUGAGCUGGUUAGAUUUGACUGAUGAAUUGUUCAAAUUUAGUGUUUGCGAAAAGUAUGCUUGUCCUGCUCAUAAAUCUGACAAUGCCAAUAUUUUAUUAAUAAAGACUUAAGAAAUGUAAGUGAUUUACAGCAUGCAUGGGAGUCUGUUAUUAAUAGAAAUUUUUAACUCUUAAUCAAUCCAUGGUCUCUGGACUGAAUUUUAUGGUAUGCAUGUUGUGGUGUCCUGAUUGCAUGAUUCUACAGUUGUUUUCAUUCAUGUGCACAGGGAGGAUUUAAACUUGUACCAGAAUUUUAUCGAAAAUUAUGCCUCCAUGGAAAAUAGAUUUUUUUAGUAAGAAAGUACACAUACAAUCAUGAUUCCAGCAACUGUGGCAUUUUAUUUGCCUAGACAAAAUUGAUGUCUUCUCUAGAGCUAUUCCAUGGUUCAUGUGGGGGAAAAAAGUUUCUUUUGUCAUAAAUGAUCGUCAGACUUCAUAAAAAUUUGAAGAUGGCUUUAUGCCCAAUCUGUAUAUCAAAAAUAAUCCUCCGGAUGCCUGGUAGAUGUUCUGCUACAUAAAAUGUUAAUGAAUCUCUGGUACUCAGGUGAGCUAUUUGGCCCGCUGACCUGAAUUAUGAAAUGUGUGUUGAUUUGAAACUGCUCAUGCAAUAUAUUUUAUUGAAACAAAGAACUUACACAUCAUGUAUGCUUUUUGAUAAAAAGAUCUUACUUUACUGUUUUUGUCCACUUAAACUAUCUGGUCUAUGGAUAAUAAAAAAUGGUUUUGAUUUAUAGUAUGUACAUGUAUGUAUAUUUACAUAUUGGCUGUGAUGUUGUUUAUAGUAAAACUCUGUAUUUUUGUACAUUUUUUAUUCAAAAUGAUCUAUUAAUACAUGUACAUUCCCCAAAACAGUACUGCAGCAAUGAAUAUAUACAGUAGUAUAUAGAUAAGCAUAAUGCAGAGAGUUCGGUUGUACUGUUUAGUGUUCUUGAAAGAACAGUACAGAUAUUUGAUAGUGCAUGUAUUUAAAAAAGUCUCAGAAUUCAAUGUUCGAAAUGAAUGUUAAUUUUUAACAAUUUUACAAGGAUUUAUGUGCAACUUUAAACAUGAUUAUGCUGAAAAUAAAUUUGAACACAUCA